GAGAGGUGUGAGAGAGAGAGAGAGAGAGAGAGAGAGAGAGAGAGAGAGAGUGAAAAUUUGUAUUCCGCAAUGGACGAAGAAGAGAUAUGGAAAUGUCAAAAGCAUCCGUCGAAGCGACGAACCACCGGAGUUUGCCCUCUUUGUCUCAGAGACCGUCUCCUCCAACUCUGCCCCAACUGUGCUAACGUGCGCCCUUGCGCGUGCUGUACUUCUUCUUCUUCCUCAUCGUCCUCUUCCUUCUCUCACUCCUCUAUAGAUAAUCCAAAGUUUAGAGCUGGGAUCGGAGCCGUCGGACGCGUUUCAAAUCUAAUCAACAGUGAGCCUGCCUUCCAACGUUCCAGAUCCAACAGCUUCAACUUCAUCCGACGGAGACCUUCCGAUAAAGACGCCGUAGCACCAACUCCUGACCUGAGUCGUGGCAGAUCAUCAUUGUGGUCUGUGUUUAAGUCUUCUUCGAGGAAGACGAAGAAAUCAGAGGAAGAAAAGGAAGAGAAACCGCAGCCGGAACAGGUGAAGAUGAGGAGGUCGAAAUCGGUAGGAGUUUCUGUAAAUCCAACAAUUUCUUCUUUCUCUGAACCUGCAGGCGGCGAUAGCAAAUUGAAAGGGAGGAGUUGGUACUUUCCGAGUCCGAUGAAGGUUUUCCGGCAACCGAAGACAACUAAAGUCGUUCAAGAAAUGUCUCCUUUGUACAGAGGUUGAUCUAGAUAUUCAAGAAUCUAAAAAGAUACAUCUCUACCCUUCAGUCUCUCUCUAUUUCAGUAUAGAAUUUUUUUUUUGGGUAUCAUAAAUAGUUCUUAAAUAUGAUUGAAGUUAAAGUUUCGAAGAAGAGAAAUUCCGUACUUUGUAAACGUUUCUGAAAACUGAUUCAUCAUCAUCAAUGUAUUGUUCUUCAGUCUUCA